UGUCAUCGGUGAUAUCGUAGCGGAGUUAAGGUGCCUUAGUAAUAAAGGUUGGGUAAGGAUGGAACCCGACGUGGCUAGGUAACCUUUCGGAGAGACCCCCUUAACAAGUCACAAUGAAGCAAGGCCCUUCCAACAUUGUUUAGCGGAUAACCUACAUAUGCGUGUAGAUCCUGAAUAAGCGGCUUGUCGGUUAAUCACCGAUUGGCGGCUGGUAUUUCGGUCCACCAUCUUGGCAUCCACAAUUGACUUUAUAGUCGGACUUAGGGCCUCUAGCUGUAACUUUGGCUGUAGGUAGAUACGUGCAACUUCGAUAUGAUUGUCAUCCCGAACGCCUGGUUUGACGAAAAGGUCUAUGAAGAGGUGGCGACCGCAGAGCAGACUGCCGCGCUUAAAGCUUACCUCGAGGAUGAUAUAGGAGCCGAGGAAGCGGGAGUGCUUAUUACUGCAGACGUGCACCAAUUAACCCUUGCUGAAGCAACCCUUGCUGACACAACCUUGGUCGAGGAAAUACACGAGGAGCUAUGCAAGCUCUGGGGAUUUUUCAUCGACGUCAUCGUGGACUGGCCUUCGGAGCACAUCAAGAUCGCUAACCUUUUGGAUACGAUUAGCAAACUUCCACACGUGGACCGCACCGGAAGAGAGAGCUUGGGAACUUUCAUGGAUGUGACCGGGACGGUCAGGGCCUCUGAGUUGUGGCAGGAUCUCCCUAGGUUUUGGAAUAUAUUUAGCGACUACUGGCAUUCGUCAGCUGGUUGGCCGUACAGUCGACCUGAAUCCAGCGCGGAAAAGGCUGCUAACUCUCAAUGGACUAAUAUCAACGCAUUCGCCGCGAUAGUCUUUAUGGGCGGUCCGUUUGCGGAUAUAUCGCUUUUAGGAGACUGGGGCUGCUAUGUUAUUAAGAAGGCGUCAAGGUCGGAUCACGAGCCCGUCGAAGUACAUAUUCCUUCGGCGACCAUGUGGAUGCGGUUUGCCGGCAAGGAACUAUAUCACUUUUACUUGACGCGGUAUGAGGGGCCUUUAAUGCGGGAGAGGUGGGAGGGCUGGAGGAAGGAGUUUAAGAAGAUAAGUAAGAAUGAUACGGUAAAUGCUGAUAUUAGAGAGAAUGCGGCCGAAUUAGCAGCAUUGAUGGGGAUGCCUUUAUGAGCGAAUAAGUCAUCCUACAAGUUAGGUACCUUAGUAAUUAUUGUAUGUUAAUUAAUAUGCCAAAAAAGAGAAAAGAAAAAGAAAAAGAAGAAGUUCCUUCUCAUUUCAGG